AUGUCCUACCCGGCGCAGGAGCUGCAGCCAAACACCCUGUAUCUGACCAUCUCAACACCUGAAGCGCCCGCGACCGCCAUCGCACACAUCUACGAUGUCGACAUGACCUGGCUUCAAGGCGCCCUGGCCGCACCCAUGGAAGGAGCCGACAACUUUGAAUGGGGAAUCUACUGGCAUCGAGGCCACCAAGACGGCACCUGGUACAUGAUGCACCGCGCCGGUGAUCCUGAAUUGCCCACCUACCAACUUGGCCUCAAGAUGAAGCAUCCCUUCAAGAGCAUGGAGAUGAGGCAGUCUCCCCGUCUCCACCACCACGUCGUCGGACUCAUCCGUCUCAUGCGCAUCUCCGAAUUGACCGGUCCUGAGAUCACGACCUAUCUCGACUGGCUCGCACCUAGGGCCGCCAUGAAGGCGCAGCGGAGCGUCAUGUAG